AUGAAGUUUCCCCGGGACUGUGGCUGCGACCGUGUCCGCGCCGGCCGCCGCCGGCCGCCCGCCCUCCGCGCCGCGCUGCUGCUGCCGCCGCCGCUGCUGCUGCUGCUGCUGGUGCCGCGGGCCGCCGCCGCCCCGCUGCCCAGCGCGGACUCCUCGGGGGAGGCCGAGCUGGAGGAGGCGGCGAAUCGGCGGGCGGUGCUGCCCAACAGCCUGAACCUGGCGCGGCUGCUGCACGACCGGGCGACACAGCUGCAGAACGAGAUGUGCGAGAAGUUUACCGUCUGCCAGAACAGCGUGGAAAUGCUCCUCCAGAACAACCUCAACCUCCCCAAGGUGACGGAGAAAGAUGGGUGUCUGCUCGCCGGCUUUAAUGAGGAUAAAUGCUUGAGAAAAAUCUCCAGCGGGCUUUAUACAUUUCAGACAUACUUCAAAUACAUACAAGAAACUUUUAUAAGUGAAAACCAAAAUGUUAAAUUGCUAUCCUAUAAUACAGAGCGCCUGGCACAUAUCAUAAAACAGAUGGUGAUCAAUCCUGAAGAAGUGAUCAUCCCAGAUGCAGCUACCCAGGAAUCCCUCCACACAAAGCUGAAGUCCACUUUCUGGACAGAGAAAAUCACCAUCCAUCUCAUCCUCCGAGACUUUACUUCAUUUAUGGAGAAGACAGUGAGGGCUGUGCGCUAUUUGAAAAACACCAGGAGUUUCAGUGCUUGA